AUGAACUCCAGCCAUCAAAAACGCGUUCGACCGCCGACGAUGUGGUGUGAAGACAAACCAAACUGGGCCAACUUAGGCACUGGAUCUAGUUUAUCCCAAAUGCCUGGCGAGCAAAUGAAUGGCGGACCCGACUCGGUGAUUGUUCCCGCUACAAGACCGACAAUCAAAGUUUUCCCUCCUAAGAUACGACAGACGACGGAGGACCCGUGGCAAACUUACGAACCGGUUAUGCAGGUUUUCCUUGGUCGCAGCGUUUGCCUUGCUUAUCGUCGAACCAAGAAGGCCGAACUAGUAAACAUUGAACGACUGAAACAGCAGUCUUCAUCAGUUGCCACUAUGAUCGAGGCGAUGAACCAGGUCUCUCAUCCUAGCUUUCUAACUCUGCUGGAAUGCUACUAUCACGGAGAUGAUGCGAUUCUGGUAUGGGAGCCAGCGGAGCUUUCUGUCAACGAGAUUCUGGCAUCGAGAUGUCCGAUUACUGAGUGUGAGAUUGCCGCGAUCGUCAGACCGGUUCUGGACGGAAUUAAGUACUUGCGCGACCAGGGAAAGGCGCUCGCUACAUUGAGCACGGAUAACAUCUUGCUCACCGAGGCGGGCCAGGUCAAAAUCGCUGCUGUGGAGCGUAGUUGCGAGAUCGCAACGUCGGAGAUGGAUGCAGCUACCUUGAAGCUUCUCGCCCUGGCCGAGAUUGUGGAGAAAUUAAUGAGAAAAAAUCCACCUCCACAUCCGUGGAGUGCCGAGGUACAGUGCCUGCCGAACCAGCUAAGAAGUCUCUCUGUGGAGAAGAUGCUAGAAAACACGUAUCUGAAACGACUAGCGCGGGAUGGAGGCCUGAAAAUCCUUGUAAAGGGAGCAGACAAAACUGCCAGCCAUAAGGUGGAUUUCUUCGACCGCUCCGUGAUUACGGGUGUUGUAUGUCGUACCCUAACCAACGAUGACUGCGAGCCUGACCGAACUGGUGCAGCCGAUGCGACCAAUGCCAAUAGCGCGCUAACAGAAUUGGACUUGUUCUUUAACGGGUCGUCCGCGGGGGAAAACUUCGCUAGGUUCCCCAGUUUAGCCCGGGGGAUCUUCAGGGCAUCUGCUAGUCGGACGGCACCCUCAUUUCUUCGCAAUCUUAACUUCAUUAGGGGCUGUGUUCGAAUGCUAGUAGAUAGCUUGUACGACACAAGGGACCUGGAAGAUACAUUGAAGCAUGCUAUUGAUCCACAGCGUCGGAUGUUUGACGUUCCGGGUGGUGCUAGCCCAGCCGGUUGCCGGGUGGCUAUUAUCACAAGUCGAGCAUCCGAUGGGAAAGCGUGUUUCCUAGCAAACUAUCGCGGCUUGGGCCAACGGGAUACCGACGCGGCAUAUGCCUUCUUAGCUCCGCAGAGCGAGGCUGAGAAUCCAUUCCUGUGGGAAGCUGGCCUGUGCAGUGUCGCCCCCCCAGGUUUUUUCCGAGCAAAGUCGCUAGUAGGCUUUGGUCCUAUGCAAGACAGGGGUGUGCGUGCCAACAAUCCCCUCGCAAUCGCAUUGAAGGAAUCCACUGUUAUCUGGCCGUCGGCUAAAAAGCACGACCUUCUUCUAUCGGUAGGCACCGGAUAUUCUCUACCUGCCUCGGAGCCAACACGUGGCCCCUUCAACGCACUUCGAGAGGGCGCGCUACCUCGAAUGAUCCGAGCGAUGAUAUCUUCGCUAUGCAUAGACGGCCGCCAAGGAUAUCACGAAGCGCUCAACUACAUCCCCGAACUCGCUAGUUCAGAUAUUUUCCGGGCCAUCCUGGCGACCGCAUUCUUCUUUUUUGAGCUGGAUGACAUCCCAGUCAAGGGUCAUGGGGCAUACUUCUGCCGUGGAUCGAUCCUGUGCUCGAGGGAAAACACGCCGACUAUCGUCAAGGGUGUCUUGGCAGAGUUUCCGGGGGCGAGAUUUCGCACCGCCCAGGAUUACCACCUCGGUCCAGUUGGCGAGCACGAUGGCUGCAGCGAUUGUGGGUACUAUCGAAAGAAAGUGGCUUUCUCCGUCGGCAGCCUACAAGAGGAAUUCACGAUUCAAAUAUGCGGCAACACAUCUAGUCAAAUGAUUGGAGGUUUUCCAAAGUCUGUGCAACAACUUACCCAUGAGCAGCAAGCAUACGCUCACUUUGGUCGUGCGGAUCACGACGUCGGAAUGGACGUCACUUCAGAUGACGCUUCAAGUAUCUACAGCCGGCCACCUGAAGCUCCUCAGGAUACUCUGUCAUGGAAAUUGAUGCCGAUUAUUCUUCCAAUCCGACAUGACCUUCCUGAGAUAAACUCCUUGGACCAUCAGAUCGCUAUGGCCCGAGGUUCGACUAUUGCUCUAGAGACCACCCGGACCCGUAUACAAAGUUCAAAGUCCCAAAAUCGACUGUCGCUUUCAGAGUUGAGGAAGGAAAAGUUGCGCCAGCGGGAUCAGCAAGAAAAUGAAAAUCAAUUCUACCGGGAUUGUUUUGAGAAUCUACACCAGCUUCUUCUUGAUGUAGUUGAAGCAGCACAGGAUUUAACACUACAAUACUAUUUUGAGCCCGAGACCAGUCCGGUUGGGAAUGAACAUGUCCAGCAAGCAAUCCACAGGCUCCGCGCUGCGCUAGGUCAGUCAAAAGUGCACGAGGCUCAGGCAGAGCAGGAAUGGAAGCGGCAGUGGAGUGUUUCGAGAGUUUGGAGUCCUCCUACCCGGUGGAUCUAA